AUGUAUGAGUCCAAGGACUAUACUAUUGGCUGGAUUUGCGCCUUGGAAACCGAGUUCGUAGCCGCCCAGGAGUUCCUCGAUGAGGAGCAUGAAGUACCAGCACACCUCGCCCUCGCCGAUGAUAACUUUUAUAAACUCGGUAGAAUGGGAAAACAUAAUGUUGUCAUUGCCAUCUUGCCAGAUAGGGAGUAUGGCAAGUCCUCCGCAGCAGUCGUCGCAAACCACAUGCAACAUUCCUUCCCGAGCGUUAGGGUCGGCCUGAUGGUCGGUAUCGGCGGUGGUGCCCCCAGUAUAAAGAAUGAUGUUAGGUUAGGCGACAUCGUUGUGAGCAGCCGACGGGACGGAAAAGGCGGAGUGGUACAGUACGAUUAUGGAAAGGCAGUCCAAGGUUGCGAGUUUGCCAUCACGGGGCAUUUGGACCAGUCGCCCGCGUCGUUGGCAAAAGCAGUAACCGCGAUAAAGGCUGAAUACGACAGGAAGGGCAACCGAAUUGCCCUUAAUGCCAAGGACGCACUCAAUAAUAUUGAUAACAAAGACAAAUACCGCCGCCCGUCAGCCACGAGUGACCGGCUGUACCGCUCCUCCUUCACACACCCCCUGGACAAGCUCGGAGAAGAUUGCAGUCUGGUGUGCGGCGAUGAUGCAUCUAACCUGAUAGCUCGAGCCCAGCGCAAAAAAGGCGGCGGCGGCCUAGUAGUUCAUUACGGACUUAUCGCUUCUGCGGAUACCUUGAUGAGAGAUGCUAUUAUUCGGGAUAAGUGGGCGGCGAAAGAGAAUAUCCUCUGCUUUGAGAUGGAAGCCGCUGGCCUGAUGAAUCACUUUCCGUGCAUAGUUAUCCGAGGAAUAUGUGACUAUGCUGAUUCUCAUAAAAAUAAUCAGUGGCAGGGAUAUGCAGCCCUGGUAGCGGCGGCAUACGCGAAGGAUCUCAUCUCUUUUAUACAUCCCAAGCAGGUGCUCAACGAGCCGCCAAUCAAAGAGUUGGCUACAACUUUACUUAGUUGUAUAUCGACUUCACGGCAAGAAGUUGGCCAACUAAGGCACGGGGUCGAAUAUAGGGAACAAGAACAAAUUCUUCAAUGGAUCACAGAAACAGAUUACACUACUCAUUUUAACACUUGCAUGACCAAGUGGGAACCUGGUACUGGUGAAUGGUUUCUGAAGUCACCCAAAUUUCAGGCAUGGUUUCAAGGCGAUAAAAGGACUUUAUUCUGCGAAGGUAUCCCGGGGGCGGGGAAAACGAUUCUUGCGUCGGUUGCCAUACAAGAGAUCAUCAAGUGCGCCCGACAGAGCAACAAGAUUGGACUGGCUUAUAUCUACUGCAUUUCCCAACAAAAACAUCAACAAAGCAGCUACUAUUUCCUUGCCAGCCUCGUGAAGCAGUUGGCUCAGACUCGAUCACCCUUCCCGCAAAACAUAAAGAACCUACACAAAAACCAUACAAUUGCGCACAAAACAACACGGCCAUCUUAUAAUGAACUCUUGACAGCUCUUGAGCAGCUUGCUGCCGCAUAUUCAAAGGUGUUCAUUAUUAUAGACGCGCUUGAUGAGUGUGAAGCCGAGGAUGGCCGGUGCCAUGAGCCACUAUUACAAGAGCUAUUUAAACUUCAAGUCAAAACGUCGACGAAUAUUCUGACAACUUCACGAAGAAUUGUCACGAUACGGCGUCUGUUUCAAGGCACAUGCGACAUGUUGGAAAUUAAAGCAAAGAACGAAGACAUGGGAAAGUACAUGGAGCAUCGACUGUCGAAGCUUCCUCUCCUUGAUGUGGGGAGUAACUGUGCUUUGGAGGAACACAGGGAGAAUUACAAGGCCAAGAUCAAGAAUGCUAUUAUUAGGAGGUCCAACGGCAUGUUCCUGCUUACAAGAUUGCAUUUCCAAUCUAUUAUAGACAAGACAACAACACAACAGCUUGACCAGGCGCUUAACAAUAUACUACGUGGGCAAUGUUCAUUAGAUCAAGCUUAUGCAAUCAGCAUUGCCAGAAUUAGAGAGCAGCGUUGUGGAUUUCGGCAUCUUGCUGAGAGGGUUCUCACAUUUCUCUGCUGCGCAGGAAGCCUCAUGACGACUACAGAGCUCCAAUACGCGCUUGCUAUAGAGAUGGGCCAAGUCAAACUAGACGAAGGUAAUACAGAGGCUAUUACGAUAAUAUCGUCCGCCUGUGUGGGUUUAGUCAUGGUUGACGAACAGACUAGCAUUAUUUGCCUAGUUCAUGAAACGACACGACAGUACUUGGCGAGCCACAUGUGUUGUAUCAACCCACGGAACAAUUCGAGUGCUGCAGAGAAGGACCAUGAGAUUUGCAAUAGCUGGACCAGCUCUCUGGCCAUGAAGAAUGCACAUAGGAUCAUGGCAAAUAUCUGUCUUGACUAUCUCUUCUUGCAAGACUUUGACAAGCAAGCAUCUUCAUCACAAGAUCUUUUCUCGCAGUACCCGUUCUGCAAGUACGCGAUAUCGAAUUGGGGCCUCCAUGCUCGUGGCGCAGAGGAAGAGGAGCUGGAACUGCGGCUUCUCGGUAACCAAGCCAAAGUAUAUGCCUUGGGUCGACUGUUGUUGAAUAGAAUGAAGACACCCAUAGUUCAAUACUUGGAUAUGGUGAGGCGCUGCCGAAAAGCCAAAAGGAAGUCGCAUACAUGCAUGACUAGCAUCCACGUCACAGCAUUCUUGGGACUUGCCAAGAUAUCAGAGCAACUGAUAAGGCAGGGAUGCGACGUAAAUGGCUUUAGAGGCAACGAAGAGAACGAACAUUGGCCGCCGCUGUGUUUAGCAGCCAACAAUGGCCACGUAGCGACCGUGGAGCUGCUGUUAAGGAGCGGUGCCAACGUCAACCAGGCAUACAACAAUCUCACGGCAUUAUCUUGUGCCGCAUACCAAGGGCACGAGGCAAUUGCCAACAUGCUGCUGCGGAAUGGCGCCGACUUGGGCUCAGUGGACCCGAGUUGCAAUUACACACCACUCAUGUCUGCCAUCGAUGGUGGACAGCCGGCGACGUGUAAGCUCUUGCUCGACGAGGGCGACGGCUUGGAGACAAGAAAGACACAGGAUGAAACAUGCAUGUCUGGCUGUACCGAGAGUAUUCAGGUUCCCCAGGCGGAGCUGCUAUUCCGUGCAGUAUCAGGAAAUCACUUGGCCGUGGUCAAGUUGCUCGUCCAGGAGGGUGCCAACAUGGACGGAGCACUCGUAACAGCCGCAACCUGGGGACACUACAGAAUAUGCAAGUUUCUCAUCGAAAGCGGCGCCCAUGUGAAUUCCGUCUGGGAGGGCCAAACCCCGCUGCAGGCUGCCUGCCUUUCGAAUCAUGUAGAUGCCAGAAGUAUUGUUCGACUCUUGAUUGACAGCGGCGCGGACCAGAAACGGCAAGGCCACUGCCCAGGCUUGGUCGGGACUCCGUUGGAGAUUGCUGUUAGACGUGACAAUGUGCUCGAGGUUGACUGUCGCUUAUUUAGACGUGUGAAACCUAAAUCUUGGACCGAUUCGCCUUGGUGCCUGGCACAGGUAAUCAAACAGAACAGGAUCCAAAGGGAGCGCAGGGGGUCGGCUCUCAUACGAUCGCCGCGCGGGCUGUCACCGCACAAACAGGCCCUUAUAUCUGACAUUAGCCACAAAAGAGAUGCCCUUCAACCUGGCAAUCGUCACAAAAAAGAAGUUCUUAAGCCAAGCACUCGUCUCAAAAGAGACCCAGAGUAUUAUGGGCCCUUGGCCGACUGUAUGGACGGGGUUCAAUAUUCGGAUAAUAUCAUGCGAGGUCGAGCAGGAACCCGAGUUGAGUGGGAGGUGGAGGCGAAGCCUGGCGUUGAGACGUCACAGGAGAACUGGCACAAGUUUGUUUACGGAAUAUAA